AAUGUACAAAGAAUUUUAUUCUAAAACAACUUGUAUAGUCCGGGAGGUAGCGUUGCCUUUUUUAGGUACCUAGUGUAUUUACGCCGAUCCGAUUAAAAUGUAGCUUAAGUCCUUCAAAGCUGAAUUUUCUGUAAUAAAAACAUAUAUCAAGUGUAUCAUAAGAAGUACGAAAACAAAUAUCAGCUGCGUGGGUGGCGGUGGACAGAUCGUCAGCUGACGCAGUACAAUACUCAGCAUUUUUUACCAUUGCUACUGCACUGUCGCCUAUUAAACACACAUUUCGAAAUAGAUUUUGGAUCUGCCUGAUCCUAAUCUUAUAGCGGGCGUACUAUGACCAAAGUUUAUUUUGAACUUCUGGGUCUAUUUACAUUCACUCCGACCGCUACUUUAGUAGCUGCCGUUUGGUUUACUUAUUGGUUAUAUAAGAUUAACAAUGAAUGACGAUUUGAACAUUGUACUUACUAUGACUUUUGCAUUUGCAACGCUGCCUCCCGGACUAUAAAUAAAAAACCUGAAACAUCUUUGCAAGUUGCAAUUCAUCAGUACAUUACAGUGUUCAAGUGUUUUAGUGUUGAAGACGUGCACUAUAGAGAUCCUAGUUUUGCUGUCAGUUGCCGCGAUAGGCUAGCGCUCUCCGCUGGCUAACAAAACCAAAUAAAAAACCGCCUACAAAAAGUCAUGACAAAGUAAAAACCAUCUUAUGUAUAUUAGUGAUAGAUCUCAAAUCAAAACGCCAUUUAGAUGCUAACAAAAAUAAAUAAUAUUAAAAUAAACAAAAGAUGCCUCCAAAUCCAAAAACUAUCGAUGUGUGCGUCAGUGUUAUAGAAGGAACUUCCGAGAAGAAAGUACCAGGUGUUACAGAGUUAUCUAGUGAAAAGACUGCGACAGAAUACCAAGUGUAUCCUAUUCGAUGGCUGGUUUUGUUGGUGUUUGUUUUCUACUCGGCGUCAAACGCGCUGCAAUGGACACAGUACACUAUAAUUCAAGACGCUAUCGUGAAGUAUUACAAUGUGACAAGCAAUCAGGUGUACUGGACUUCUUUGAUCUACAUGAUUACUUUCAUCCUUCUCAUAUUCCCUGCCUGCUGGCUGCUGGAUAAGACGAACAUUCGCCUAUGUGUAAUCAUCGGCGCCUUUGGCACGGGACUGGGAGCAUGGCUGAAGGUGUUCUCCGUGCCCCAGGACAUGUUCUGGCUGGGCUUCACUGGCCAGACCGUGUCAGCUGUCUCGCAAGUCUUCGUCCUGAACAUACCGCCUCGCCUGGCUGCCGUGUGGUUCGGACCUGAUCAGGUGUCUUCAGCAUGCAGUAUCGGAGUCUUUGGAAAUAUGAUGGGGGUAGCCAUGGGCUUCGUGCUGCCCCCUCUACUAGUCCGAGCAGCAGGCACGACUGAGGAAAUAGCAGCAGAUUUGCAACUCAUGUUCCAUAUCUACGCCUCAUACUCAAGCGUUUUGUUCGUCUGUAUUCUACUUUUUUUCAAGGCGGCUCCUCCCACCCCACCUUCGGCUGCAGCAGAUUUUGGCAGCACCUUGGACUCCAACUUCCUCCUGUCUCUAAAGAAACUCAUGACGAACAGGAAUUUCAUACUUCUGCUUAUCUCCUAUAGUAUCAACGUGGGCGUUUUCCUCGCCAUAUCCACUUUGCUCAACGAAGUCAUCUUGAAGCAUUAUCCUGGUGCCCAAUUAGACGCAGGUCGAAUCGGUCUGGUCUUUGUAGUGUCUGGCAUGGCGGGCUCCGUGGUCUGUGGCGUGAUCCUGGACAAGACUCACCGCUUCAAGGAGACCACGCUGGCGCUCUACGUGGCCACCAUCGCCGGCAUGCUUGUCUUCACCUUCACUCUGGAUUGUGGAUACAUUGGUGUCGUGUAUUUGAGCAAUAUCUUGCUUGGAUUCUUUAUGACAGCUUAUUUAGCUGUGGGAUACGAAUUUGCAUCGGAAGUAACAUAUCCUGAACCAGAAGGGACUACAUCUGGAAUAUUGAAUGCUGUUGUUCAGUUAUUCGGUAUCAUAUUAACGCUGGCGUACGAGCGUGUGCUGAGCGCGGCAGACGACCGCUGGGCGAACCUCUCCGCGGUGGGCGUGUUGUGCGCCGGCGCCGCCGUCUGCGCCGCCAUCACCUCCGACCUGCGCCGCCAGAAUGCGCAGAACAAAAUCAAGGAACCUCUCGACUGACCUAACAGUGGGAUUUGACUAUCAAAUAGCAUAAUAAUAUUAGGAGAAUGAAAAAUUACCGUCAAUGGUUUGACGUUUUGGCUAGGUUGUACUGGCCGUGCUUGCAAGCAUACUUGUAAACUCGUAACAGCAAUCGAAGCACACGAUACUUUUAUCGACCCUCAGUUCGUCAGCCCAAUUGCCUAACCAAUAGCAAUAUAUUUCCGUACUCCAAUUGCUAAUCUUUUCAGAUGUGACGAAUAAUUUUAUUAUUCAUUCAUGACUUUCGUUCCAACACAUGAAUGUUCCUUACAAAUGAUUAUGGCCGCAAUAUAUAUUAUGUCUUACUUUUCCAAUAGAAGUUUGAGGUAUGGGGCCGUAAAAUACUACAUAAUAAUAUAAUGUAACUCAUUGACAGCAGUAGUAAAUUCGAAGUACAGUACUACCUAAGAAUUCAGUUACCAAUUGUUAAUGAUCAUAUUGUUAAGUAAUUUUGUUAUGGUGUAGGUACUUAAUAAAUUAAAUAUGUUACAAAAAAGUUUAACUUAUUGAAUAUAGUAAAAGUAGAUUCAGAGGAUAACGCUUCAACAAUGUUGAUGGCUGCAGUUAUGUCUACCGGAGGCACAUGGCGAUCAUAUGUUUGAGAGCCCUACUCGGUUGCUGCUAGCGCUUUACAUAAUACUAGCUGUUGCCCGCGACUUCGUCCCCGUGGGUAGAAGAUAUA